CUCGUCAGCGCGCCCGCUCCGAUCAUCUGUUCCUGCUGCCCAUAUACAAACACGCCAAAAUUCAUUAAAUUGCGCCGUAUCAAAGCCUAAAUUCAAGUGAUAAGUGCUACAAAUACACCGUGUGUUCAAGUCGCCCUCGACACGACCACUCUACAUUUACUACACAGCACGCGUAACGUAUAAAAUCACAAACUCGCGAACGUAAACAUCGAACAUAACCUCGACAACAUUGACCGACGAGACUGACUCGAGCCUCAAGCAAAGCAGAACACAAACACACAGCGCGAAUGUAAAACAAAACACUGCGGCGGCGUAACUUGAAGGUUAGGAAAAACGUUAAAAUAAAACUCACGUUUUCGGAAACGUUAAAAAUCGACAUUGAACGUACACGAUUUACAACGUUUAGAUGCAGCAAGUAGUUUUACUUCCGUGCUUGCGUCACGUUUAAUUAACUGUAGGCGAACAAUUAAACGUGUUUACACAACGGUAUCGUGCACGACAAACGACACAGUCAUUAAUCGCGUUCCUGUUUGAGAAUGUUGGAGAGUGGUUCAUGUUCAGGCAGUGCUAACAUUUGUAGCAAGAUUGAAGUCGAGCAGUUUUGCUAUAAAGACGAGUCACCUUUAGCGAUGGGUAAUAUCGGGACGGCUUAUAGUGCAUUUAAACCGCGAGCGGGCAGUUUGGCGAGGGUUUUGCUUGAGAAACAACGGGCCGAUCAGUAUUUGAGUAGUUAUGAUAAGAAUCAGUGGUAUCAGUGUAAUCUCACGUCGAUGCCGGAAGAAUUGCAGGAGAAAUUCGUGCAACUCGAAGCGGAUAAUGACACGCUGGUUUUUCUCGAGCAGAGCGAGGAUAAGUCGGACUGGAUCUUCACGCAGAUUUGGCACUCGUUGGCCAAGGCGGUGCUCAGCCUCUUCAUGACGCAGACUUCUAUUAAUGGCUGGCUGCAACGCGGCUCCAUGUUUGUGGUGUCCUUCCAGCAAUUGCUAAAACUUAUCCUCGGCCCAACGUGGACGACCUCACCGCAAUGGUCAAGCGACAGUCUGCUGGAUUUGGGCGCCGGCGAUGGUGAAGUGACUGCUCGCUUCGCGUCCGCCUUCCAACACGUGUACGUCACCGAAGUGUCGCCAACGAUGCAAACACUUCUCAAACGACGCGGAUUUCAGUUGUUGGAUAUUGAUAAAUGGAGUUCGCAUCGCAAGUACGAUAUGAUCUCAUGCCUGAAUCUCUUAGAUAGAUGCGACAAGCCCAUCGAACUUCUUGGAGACAUACAUUCCGCGUUGAAUCCAGGUGGUUUGGUGCUCCUCGCACUAGUUUUACCGUUUUCUCCGUACGUGGAAUCAGGAGCAGCAGAUCACAAGCCACAGCAAUUAAUGCCUAUCAAAGGACGCGGAUUCGAGGAUCAAGUGACGAGUUUUGUCGCAAACGUCCUCACACCAGCUGGGUUUGAGGUUGUCCGAUGGAGCAGAGUGCCCUACCUCUGCGAAGGUGAUCUUCGACAAUCCUACUAUUGGCUGGAUGAUUCUAUAUUCAUUCUCAGAGCUCGUUCUUAAUCUGCUUGUGAGCUCAAAAUUAUACAGUUGAAACUGAGAAACUACGACCAAAUAACUAUCACUUUCUAGGCUAACAUUUAUUUAGGUGUCUAGUAAGUGAGUUCAAAUAAUGUAAAACACUUUUGAUACUAUUUAAGUCUAUCAAUAGACAAACCCUUGACGAACUACAUGUAUUCAUGUAGUGAAUGCCAAAUUUUAAUGUUAGACAAAUUAUUAUUGAACGCUUGCUAGUACUAUGAAAAACGCAAAUAGUAUAGUUCUAUGGAAUAACUAAAUGGUGCUGAAUUACUGCUCAUCUAUUUCUAUGCACAAAACUAUACUUUUUAUACUAUAUUCUUACGUUUAGGAUUAAGUUUCAUGGCUGUAAAAAAAGAAAUAACAUUUCAAAGGUAAUAUUUAGGUCCGUACGAUAAAAUACGAGAAUAUGGUUGCCUAUCUUAUAGGCUUCAACUAUGAUGUGAAAUUUGGGAUUUUUAAUCUAUUGGUUUACAAUACUGUAGGAAACUUUUAAGUAUACAGUGGGCAAAUUAGCAUGUGAGAUUUGCCUAAAUACAGCUUCAAGUAAAUGAAAUCUGCUUAUGAAUCCAUAAGUAGAAAUGGUCACACAUAAUGUGCGAUCAUGAUGAAAUAAUUACCGUCCGCGACUACAUUAUUGAUGCCUAAUGUUUAUUUGCGAACUUAAUAUUUCUCUGCAUCACACUGCUCACUGGGUUUUCAUAUUUCAUUAUUAUUUUAAACCAAUUAUAACAUAGAUAUACCUAAAUGUAUUCAUGUUAUAUGUGAGUAUAAGCAGUAAAACUUCAUUUAGAUGCAUUUAAUAGUACACACAAAUGCCAAAUUUAAGAUAACAUGGCUGGUUUUGCUUCAUAGUUUAACGUUUUCAUAGAUAUAAAUCACUAUUUUACUGACAAGUAAGCAUUUGAGGUCCGGUUAUUUGUCUAGCAUAAUGGGUAAUGUAGAUGAAAUACCUGAAUGUAUUCAUGUUGUAUGUGGUGUCUAGGGCCUAAACAUACUCCUUAAACAAUGAUAGCAAACAUGUAGUAAAUCUGUUUUAGAAUGGUUUUCGUGAAACUUGUAGUCGUUUCUUUAAUUUUUAUACUACGGUAGUAUUAACUUGAUGGAUGAAUCAUAGACAAAAUAACUUAAA